UCCAGACUGGGUUCAGGCGGUUCAGAACCAACUUCAGACCAACGAACUGCUGCAGCAACUGAAACUGUUUGUGAUCUGUCGUGGUCGUUGUGGUGAUCUCGUGAACGCGGAAUACUUGGAUAUUUUGUGAGAUGGAAAUAUAAACGAAAGGAAAGCAAACACGAGAGUCGACCGUGCAGAAUAAUUCUAUAUCCGCAAAGAAAUAGAUUUGAGAUUAGAAUUCGAGAACUUCGCGAACAAUACAAAUUUUCAGAAAUAGUGGUGUACAUACAUGUGCGUUGCUGAUUCGAGAGUAAUGUAACAUUAUCGUUAAUAAGAAACGCUACAAAUGUAACGACUCGAGGAUGCACUUGAUCGUAGUUAUGGCAAUAUAGAGGAAUUCAACGGUAUUCAUCCCUUUAACAAAGUCACGGUUAUUUCUUCUCCGACUUCAAGAACAUUUCAGUUACUCCGUCGCGAGCCGUUGUAUUUACUGAAUUGCAUAAAAAAUGGUGCCACUUGGUCCGUCGCCAGGGCAUCAAACAUCUGUCAAUAAUACCGUGAGUGCUCCCAGUACUGGGACUAAGAGCAGCUCUACACUGAAACCAAACUACACCCUGAAAUUUACUUUGGCUGGUCAUACCAAAGCAGUUUCAUCCGUGAAAUUUAGUCCUAACGGAGAAUGGCUAGCGAGCUCUUCUGCUGAUAAGUUAAUUAAAAUAUGGGGUUCAUACGAUGGGAAGUUCGAGAAAACCAUAUCCGGUCACAAACUCGGUAUCUCCGACGUCGCGUGGUCUAGCGACAGUAGAUUAUUGGUGUCUGCGUCUGACGAUAAAACAUUGAAAAUAUGGGAAUUGAGUUCCGGGAAGUGCUUGAAAACGUUGAAAGGUCACAGUAAUUACGUUUUCUGUUGUAACUUUAAUCCACAGUCGAAUCUGAUAGUUUCCGGAUCGUUCGACGAGAGUGUCCGUAUAUGGGACGUUAGAACUGGGAAAUGUCUAAAAACGCUGCCUGCCCAUUCGGAUCCUGUGAGCGCCGUUCACUUCAACAGGGACGGAUCGUUAAUCGUGUCCAGCAGUUACGACGGACUGUGUCGGAUUUGGGACACAGCGUCCGGUCAGUGUCUGAAGACCUUGAUAGACGACGAUAAUCCUCCUGUGUCGUUCGUCAAGUUCUCGCCGAAUGGGAAAUACAUUUUAGCGGCGACGUUGGACAACACGUUGAAACUGUGGGAUUACAGCAAAGGCAAAUGCCUGAAGACGUACACUGGUCACAAGAAUGAAAAAUAUUGUAUCUUCGCAAAUUUCUCGGUCACAGGAGGAAAGUGGAUCGUUUCGGGCUCCGAAGAUAAUAUGGUAUACAUUUGGAAUCUACAAACCAAGGAAAUUGUUCAGAAAUUACAAGGACACACAGACGUUGUAUUAUGCACGACGUGUCAUCCGACGGACAAUAUCAUAGCCUCGGCUGCUCUCGAAAACGACAAGACUAUCAAACUGUGGAAGAGUGACACGUAGAACGAACGUGUCAUCCGCGACUUCGUUACAAAACUCCCGGAUCGUCUUUGAACUUUUUAGAAACGUCGUAUCUAUUCUUUUUUUGGGAGGGAGGAUUUCCUAAACCUUCACCUCAUUUACUUUUUAAUCUUGACUUCCUGAUCCGACAAAAGUGGCGAUUUUAGAAGAUGCUUUGCCCUGCGGGUGAUCGUUGAUAGUUGGACGUUUAUUUUAUAAUGAAACUCGACGCAGACACAGAGCAUCGAUAUCCGAUGUGAAGUAUGUACAUAUGCGCGCGUGUAAUUGAAACGCAGUAUCAUUUUAAUGCAGACUACCAUUCUGAUUAAAUAAAGGCGAGGUACGAUUCGAAGUGUAAAUUAUUAUAUCGUGGAUCGUUUCCGAGUAUGACUCCGGACGUGAGGAUAGAUAUUUUUGUAGGCAAUGAACAUUCUCUUACUGUUUCAACCGUGCAGCCGUUGCUCUAUAUAUCCUCUAAACCUCGAUUCAACUUGUACAGCUAGGAUACAGACAUUUCGUUCGCCUAUUUGAAACAGUGUACAGUAGUAGUUGUAUCAACAGCACGAAGUAAGAAGAAAGGGAACUACUGUGAUGGACGGUGACGUAAAAAUACGUUUGUGUGAAGGAAGAGAAAAAUUUACUUCUAUUCCUGUCACACUGUUGCAUUGUCGAUAGAGCUAUAUAUCUUCUCUAGACACUGGGAACUAAAUUUUCAUCCGUUUAAUCGCGCGUCAGGCAGCGGAUAUGUAAUAAAUAAACGUUGUUCGACGGAAUUAA